CCUGAUGGGCAUAUAAAACUGUGUCUAUCUUAACCAAUUCUCGCAACAACUAGCGUCUCAGGUUUAGGCCCUACUGUAUACCCUGCGCUCGCUCUUGUCCUUUGACCGUGAAACCAUGCUAGACCGACGGUUCCUGCCAAUCAAUCAAGAUGUCCUUGACGUCCAUGUCUGUUGCGCCCCUGCCAAUUCAUCCACUAACUUUCCACCAACCGCCACCAAUACGCUUACAUGUGUCUCGAAUUAUGGCUCCUGGCAAAGUCACCCAGUGACCCUUCACAGCGCCCGGCACCACGAUCCUGCGUCAUGCAGCACAUUACUGAUGUGGCCCGAUGUCCGAGUCCACCAUUUGAAUUCCACCGAUUCCACCACAUUUAACGAGCCGUCGUAUCACUGGCAGGUUUUCGCCAUCCCUCCUUCGAGCGGGCCACUCUCACCUACUAUACCUCCGCAUUUGGCUGCAGAAUAUCGCUUUUCAUCGCAGCCUCGCGGUGAAAAUAUACAUCACCUCUCAGAACAUUCACCCACCAACCAUUCAUAUUUCCUCCCACCUCAUGGCCAUUCCUCGUCUCCUCUCUUGCCUUGCAAAUGGCUACACGACGACGCAUCCCAAAUCUGCGGAUUCUGGGGAACAUUAGAGACACUAAAAGCGCACUGUAAAUCUCACUUAAAUGUCGGUCCCCCAUACGCACAGAUAGAGUGCCGCUGGGACCAUUGUGAUUAUAAAAAGCGUUCGAACUCGGCAGUACGUUCUAUGCGGCGCGACUGUAUGUGGCGCCACAUGUGCGAAGUCCACUUGGGAAUGAAGAGGAUCACCUAGGCGAGCUCACCCCCUCAUGUAUCCUUGCUGUACGGUUGCUAGCUGUGUUGCUACAAUAGAUUCUUAUUGAUCUGAUCGUUCUGGCCUCUCGAAUAUCAUGAGGUGACCAUCGCUCGGUAAAGUAUU